AUGAACUUUGGCAGCAUGAAUGGUCGAAGCAGGGAAGUGGCAGAUGUCAUGGAGAGGAGAGUGGACAUUUUAUGUGUGCAGAAAACAAAAUGGAGAGGAAAUAAAGCAAAGGAUAUUGGCAAUGGCUAUAAUUUGCUACAUAGCAGAGCUGAUGAAACAGGAAGAAGCAGUGUAGGGAUUGUCAUCAGUAAAGAAAUGAAAGAAAAUAUUGUGGGCACUGAAAGGAAAAGUGAGAGACUAAUGAAAUUAAGGUUGUGCUGUCGUGGUCAUAUCUUGAAUGUAGUAAGUGCAUAUGCACCACAGACCAGGUGCAUUGAAGACGUGAAAAAAAAGUUCUGGAGAGAUAUGGAUGAAGUCAUGACAUCAACAGAAGUAGAAGAAAUGUUAGUUGUGGGGGGAGACUGGAAUGGACACAUUGGGUGCAAUCGGGAAAACAUUAUUAGAAAACAUGGAGGACAUGGCAUGGGAGAAAUAAAUGAGGAAGGAGAGCUGAUAACAGACUUUGCACUGGCAUUUGAAAUGAUCAAGGACAAAAAUGGAAGAGUUUCAUCAAAAGAGGAAAGCAUAAUAGCUAGAUGGAAAGAGUACUUUGGAGAGUUACUAAAUGAAGAAAGCCCCAGAACAAUAAUAAGAGAUGGAAACCCUCAUGAAAGAAUAGUCCAGGAUAUCAGCAGAGAAGAGGUUAAGAAGGCACUGGAUAAAAUGAAGAAAGGGAAAGCAGUGGGACCUGAUGGAAUACCAGCUGAAAUCCUUGUUGUGAGAAGAUUAGCUGGCCAGAUGUACCACUCUGCUAAAUUCGGGCAGUUGACUGACCUGAUGGGUGGGACAUGCUGUGGGUGA